GGAUGAUAUGACAGUAACAUGAAUUAAGGUUACAUCUACAGUAACCCCCUUCUUUUUUUUUAUUAGUAAGGUAGAAUGUUUUAUGUAAUAUAAAAAAAAAAGAAAAGAUUUGAUGAUGAUGGUUGACGUGUUAUGGGUUAUUGUAUCAUCGCGUAAAAAAAUAAUAUUAAAAAAAAAAUAUUUUUUAUUGUUUACAUUUGGAGCGUGUUUUAUUGUUUACCUUUGGAGCGUUUUUUUUUUGUUUACCUCUGGAGCGUUUUUUUUUGUUUACCUUUGGAGCGUUUUCUUUUGUUUACCUCUGGAGCGUGUUUUUUUUUUCUUCUUCUUUUUCUUCUUCUUUUUCUUUUUCUUUUUUUCUUAUUUACCAUUGUAGCGUGUUUUUUUUUUCUUUAUCUUUUUUUUUUUUUUGUUU